ACAAAAAAUCAUUUGCAAAAACAAAAAAAUUAUUAUUUGUGAAGAACAAAAUGGAUAAUGAUGGUGGUGGGAGCUCAUCAGGCAAUGAACAAUACACUUCGGGAGACGCCAAGCAAAACGGGAAGAGGACUUGUCAUCGCCACACCCCUCAACAGAUCCAAAGACUUGAAGCUUAUUUCAAGGAGUGUCCUCAUCCAGACGAAACACAACGAAGACAAUUAUGUCAAGAGCUGAAACUCGAGGCUGACCAAAUCAAAUUUUGGUUUCAGAACAAAAGAACUCAGAGCAAAACUCAAGACGAAAGAUCCACUAACAUAUUACUUCGUGGAGAAAACGAGGCUCUCCAAAGUGAGAACGAAGCAAUGCUCGAUGCUUUAAGAAAUGUGAUCUGUCCAGCUUGUGGAGGCCCUCCUUUUGGCAGAGAAGGACGCGAACACAAUCUCCAACUUCUGCGUUUCGAAAACGCCCGCCUUAAAGAGAACCGUGACAGACUCUCCACUUUUGUAAACAAUCACAUGCCCAAUGAACCAACCGUGGGGGACUCAUUAGCUUAUGUUCCUAGCCAUCAAAUCUUUGAUGGCAUCUCGUACGGAAUUAACGGAAGCAACAGAUACGAGCCAUCUAGCUCAUAUGGACCACAACCUUCUCAAAUCAUCCAACCACGACCACUAUCCGAAACGGAUAUAAGCCUGUUGUCUGAAAUCGCCGCAAGUGCGGUUGAAGAGCUCAAGCGGCUGUUUUUGACUGAGGAACAAUUUUGGGUUAAGUCGUGUAUCGACGGGACUUAUGUGAUUGAUACAGAGAGCUAUGAGAAGUUCUCGCAUGCUGUCAAACAUUUCAGCAGUACUACUGCUCAUGUCGAGUCAUCCAAAGAUGUUACGGUGGUUCCUAUUGAAGCAAUAAACUUGGUCGAAAUGUUCUUAGAUUCGGAAAAAUGGAAAGAGCUUUUUCCAACGAUUGUGAACAAGGCCAAGACGAUUCAUGUGCUCGGAUCGGGGCUUCCUAUAAGAGAAAACUGCAAUGUUUUGCAAGUGAUAUGGGAGCAACUACAUAUUCUGUCGCCGCUAGUGCCAGCAAGGGAGUUCAUGAUCGUCAGGUGCUGCCAAGAGAUCGAGAAAGGACUCUGGAUUAUUGCUGACGUGUCACACCGUCCUAACUUUGACUUUGUCAAUAAUGCUGCUUGUUACAAACGUCCUUCGGGUUGUCUCAUCCAAGCCUUGCCCAAUGCUCACUCCAAGGUAAUGUGGAUAGAGCAUGUGGAAGUGGACCAUAAAUUGGAUACACAUAAGAUCUAUAGAGAUCUUGUAAGUGGCGGGUCAGGCUAUGGAGCUAAGCGUUGGAUUAUCACACUUGAGAGAAUGUGUGAGAGGAUGGCUCUCUCCUCCAUCCGAACCCUUCCUCCAAGUGACUGGAGCGAUGUCAUAUCGACAGGAGAAGCAAGAAGGAGUGUAAUGAAAUUAGGUGAGAGAAUAGUAAAGAAUUUCAACGAAAUGUUGACCAUGUCCGGAAAAGUUGACUUUCCGCAGCAGUCGAAAAAUGGAGUGAGAGUCUCGAUUCGGAUGAACAAUGAGGCCGGUCAACCACCCGGUAUCGUUGUCAGUGCUUCGUCUUCUCUCUCAAUCCCUCUCACUCCUUUGCAAGUCUUCGUUUUCCUUCAAAACCUCGACACUCGUCAACAGUGGGAUAUUCUUUCCUAUGGAACCGUAGUCAAUGAGAUCGCUCGCAUUGCCACCGGAUCAAGUGAAACCAACUGCUUAACCAUCCUCCGGCCAAUGCAAGAAGAGAAUAAUGACAAGCUGGUGGCAGAAGACUCAAGCAAGGAUGAUAUUUUGAUGCUGCAAGAUUGCUACAUGGACGCCUUGGGAGGCAUGAUCGUGUACGCUCCUAUGGACAUGGCUACAAUGGAUUUCGCUGUCUCCGACGAAGUAGACCCUUCCCAUAUCCCAAUCCUUCCUUCUGGUUUCAUCAUCUCAAGCGACGGCAGGCGAUCCACUGUGGAGGACGGUGGAACCUUACUCACGGUGGCCUUUCAGAUCCUUGUCUCUGGAAACGCCCCUAGGUCGAGAGAGGUGAAUGAGAAGUCGGUGGACACAGUGAGUAGUUUGAUCAGCUCCACUGUUCAAAGGAUCAAAGGUUUACUCAAUUGUCCUCAAUGUUGAGUGAGGGAAUAUGCUGUGGAAGAUUCUCUUUUGUUUUCUUUUUGUUUUGUUUUGUUUUGUUUGAGAUAUUUAUAUCGGGGAUUUUAUGACUUCGAUUGGUUGUGAUGGUUUUAUGGACAUGAGCUUUAAGAUAUUUCCGAUCGGUAAGAUUACAGACCGAUUGAUGAAAGUAAUAAAACAACCCAUUUUUA